AUGAGUAUGGAAGAAAUAUUGUUGAUGUUGGGACUUGGAACUUCAGAUUUGUUAAGGUCGCCUCUUAAGGUUGACCAAAAAAAGUUGAAUAUCUCUUUGACUAUUAGUGAACCCAUUGCGCUAGUGUUAACUGCUGGAAAUGGAGAUUGUUUCCUUCCUCUAAAUGCUCAGGCAUCUGAAACAUACUUUUUCUCAAAGCUACCAUCGUAUGACAAGCUGUUGACUCCGAUAAAUGGUGCCUACUUCUUGAUUGUAGCAUUUAUAAUAUUCGGAGGAUCAUUGGCUUGUUGCAUGUUUAGGAAGAGUAGACGACAUGAUAGUGGUAUACCUUACCAAGAGCUAGAAAUGGGAUUGCCUGAAUCUAUGGCAACUACCAAUGUAGAAACAGCUGAAGGUUGGGACCAGGUUUGGGAUGAUGAUUGGGACGAAGACAUGGCUGUGAGGUCACCAUGGGGACGAAAUGUAGCUAAUAUAUCAGCAAAUGGCCUCACUGUUAGGUCUUCAAAUAAAGAUGGCUGGGAGAAUGAUUGGGAUGAUUAGCCUUAAUUUUUCUUUUAGGGUAAACUACACCGAUAGCCACCUAACUAUUAGUAAAUUCUACGGUAGCUACCCACUAUUAGUAAAUUCUAUUUUUUGGUCACUCAUCUAUGAAAAGUUACAAAAAAUUAUCACCCGACUAU